AUGACAGGAGUGAUGAUGAAUGAGGAGGUGCUGAGCCGCACAACGAUCCCUGCAACAUUUGUUUCGUUCAAGCGAGGGCAGAGAAGACUCCAUCCAAGACAUGUCCUGCUGAAGAUCAGGAACGUAACAAGCAAAGACGAAGCAAGCAGCUACGUGGGAAAUGGGGUUGUCUGCUACAAGAAGAAUAACGAAGGAGAAAGAUAUCCUGUCCACGGUGUGAUAACUAGGAUACAUGGGAACUCUGGGGCUGUUCGUGCUAGAUUUACAAGAAACCUGGAUCCGAAGCUACUUGGGACCCAUGUGUUUGUCAAGCUUUACAAGGUCGAAGCCGACGAGAUAUAA